AUGUCAACGUCGCGCAAGACCGGGAACACCAAGGCUCUCCUAUCCCCGAAUGCGAAGACGUUAUGGAACUCGUUAAAAAGACUGACGACCCUGCUGGCACAGAAGUCCAUGGGCUCGUGGUGGUUCUAUUCCGAACAAGGGCUGGGAUGUAUCCGGUUCCCGGGUCCUUUCGCUGGCACCCGCGCUGAAUGGACGAAGCGUCGAGCGAGAGAGCUGGGGCCGCGUCCACUCGGGGCUGAGAAGUGGCCCGAGAUGUGGGAGAGUUUGUUUCGACCCUGUGAACGGCGCGUGUCGCACCCGAUUGCGCAGUUUGCGGCGACUUGCCGAACUUUCUUGCGCUUGAGCUCAUGGCGUUUCAUGGCCGACUUUGUCGUGGCAGAACAGAGAACAGUACUGAAGACUUUGGGAAACUGGGAACUCGGGAGCAUGGCCAAGCCCCUGCUCUUGCCUUGCCAGCCAAAGCCCGACCGACGCCUGACGCCAGAAUCAGUGUGCAUGCGAAAGUUCUUGAAGUCUGGUCUAUUCUAG